AUGAAUGUGCCUGUGCAUGGAGCAAAGAACCAGAUCACUAUAUUUCUAGACGUCGACGACGAGGAUACUGCAGAGCCCGUCCGCAACGGCGCAGCGACUUCAGCUGCACAUUCGACAAUGGACGAUGCGUUCGGAAUCGUCUACUUGAUUGAGAACGCACAACAAUUCUGGUCCGAGCUCGAAGAUAUUCUACGUAUUCCAAAUAAUGCCACGCUUUCGAGUCUGGACUCGACUUUGAAGAGGUACAUCUCAUUCUGCGCUACGUACCACGCAGAACAAUAUUUACAGAGCCCACUACAGCUUGAACAUGCCUGCGAGCUCCUUCUCGACUCAGAGUUAUUCACAUUCCACUCGGAAAGAAUGUGCGAAAUUCUGACGGACGAGGCUACAUCGAACACAGAUCCACAUCAUCAACUCAUAUUGUACAACAUCCUUGUGCUGCAUGGACGACGUCAUCCUUCCUUCCUUCGCUCGUACAAGCGCUGGCAGCCCAUACUUCCACUGCUUAUGGACCAUGUCCUCGUAGACAUCGACCCGGAGAUCGAGGAUACAUAUUCAGGCUCUGUAACAGGGCCUAGCACAGGCUGGAAAGGUCUGGCAAUCCCGAUCGAGGCCAUGUUAAGGUCGCUAGGAGUUAGGCUGUUGUAUGAGGUGUGCAGGGCUUCGAAGCUCACCAAGCAAGAAUUGCGAAUUUUUGGCGACGAUUUUAUCGACCGUCUUUUCGAUCUUGUGGAGCAGACGCGAAAUAUGCAGGAUGAGACAUUUAAUUACUCGGUAAUCAAGUUGAUUGUUGCCCUGAAUGAACAAUUCAUGGUGGCAUCCCUGAAACCACUGCCAUCUGAUCCGGCGGCCAAGGAAUAUGAAUCUGCACAACAGGCAGCAGACAACCGUGUCUUGCAAGUAUUGAUGCGACGUCUGGGGCUGAGUCAGACAUUUGGGGGGAACAUGAUUUUCAUGCUCAAUCGCGCAGGCCGGUCAUCUGAAGACCUCGUGAUGCAGCUUCUAGUCCUCAAAAUUCUCUAUCUACUAUUUACGACGAAGGGCACGUCCGAAUAUUUUUACACCAACGACUUAUGCGUCCUUGUCGAUGUUUUCCUGCGCGAACUUGGGGACCUUGACGAAGAGUCCGAAUCUCUUCGUCACACCUAUCUUCGCGUCCUGCACCCGCUCUUGACGAAAACACAGCUUCGCCAGGUGCCCUACAAACGUCCGCAAAUCGUGCGCACCCUCGAGUCACUGGUCGAGCACCCAGAAAUCCGCGACGUGAGCGCGACAACACGACGGCUGGUGGAGCGGUGUCUAAGCG